AUGUCGUUGGCCAGCUCGUGGGUGCCCAGGGGGGAGGAGUUUGUCGGGCCGGAGCAGUGGCUGGGUUACGAGUCGCUGUUCGCGUCUGUUGAUAUCCUGCAUUGCGCGUUGCUGCUGAUUCUCCUCGUGGGGUUUUUGCUCGCCUCAUUCACCGAAGAUGCCUCCAGCGACUCGUUACGCGUCUCCUGGAUCGCGACCCAGCUGCUGCCUCGGCCGCGUUCUCAGCCGGAAUUGGGUGUGGGUGGAUUGACCGACGUGCAGCAGAUGCUGAACAAACUGGCGGAACAGAAGGCAGCACAACGGCUCAAGACGAUUGUGCAGCCGCUGAUGGAAGCAGUAGAAGAGGGUCGGUUAUCUGAACUGAUAUCGGACACCGUACGCAGGUUCCGGGACAACAUCGCUUUCUAUGCACGCGUGCUGUACGUACGCCGUUUUGCGGAGGGCACCCGCCAUCUUUUUUAUAUGGCUCAGAAGAUUAAACUCGGGAUCGAAGUGCGGCCAGGGGAAUCCGAAGUCUCUACGUAUGUAGAGGCAAAGAGGGCUCUUCAGGAGGACAACAGAUGGCCCUUCAUGGUGGAGAUAUCAGACGUUAAGAGUGAUCAAGUCACCUGCGCCGGAAACAAAAAGGCAUACCCUAUGAGCUCCUACAGCUACCUCGAUUUCAUUAGAGAACCAGAA